AUGGCUACAAAAUCUCAUCAAAGGCCGAAGUCUAUCAGUACAUUUCAGGAUCUUAUUGACUCAAUAAGAAAACACCUCGGUACCCCACGCCAACUUGAAUCCAAUGAAAUAGACCACGUUUAUCUUCAAGAGAUACUGAAAGAGUACCAUUCUAAUGAAAAAGAAUGGGAAAAAUAUGCCUUGAGUGACCCUUCAAAGAGCUAUAGCCGAAACGGAGUGGAGAAUAUAAGCUGCAAUGCUAACGUCUUGAUUCUGGUCUGGCAGCCAGGAAAAUCAUCUUUCAUUCAUGAUCAUGCUAACGCUCAUUGUGUCAUGAAAAUCUUGAAGGGUAGCCUUACUGAGAAAUUGUACAAAGUCCAACCAUUGGAGGAAGAUGAAAACAAUUUAGAGUGUUUCAAAGAAACAAUUUUGCAUACGAAUCAGGUAGCGUAUAUUAACGAUUCAAUAGGGCUGCACAAAAUGGUCAAUGCAGAUCCUAAUGAAAUUGCCGUUUCUCUGCAUUUGUAUACACCACCAUAUGCCCAUCUUCAUGGAUGUUCUUUUUAUGAGGAAAAAAACGGCAAGAGGCAUCAUGUUCUAAUGAGUAAAUUAUACAGCUGGAAAGGUAAGAAGAUCAUUGGAAUUAAUGACAGUCGUGUAGGAUAA